AUGCCUCUUUGCGGACUCAUACGAAGCCGCAGCGCAAAGGGUGACAAGCCCCGGCGCGCGCGCACCAUGUCCAUCUUUGGCAACUCGAAUAUCCACGCCAUAGAUGCUCUUAAGGGCAUGGUUCGCUUCACCACCGCCGCGUCUCCAGCUCACAUGCACGGUUGGGAUUCGGAUACAACGCAUAAACCUCCCCCGACCGAUGAAUGCUCCAGCCAGAACUCGAAUCCACAAGCACCAAUCACCAACAUCCCCGAUAUUCAUAUCACCAAUGAGAUGUGGGAAACCCUCGACCGUACAUAUGACGACUUGCGAGGCUCAGAACCUCGACUCUCAAAGGCCAAAUUUGCUGAAUUUCUUCGAAAUGUUCAGGGCGAGAGUGAGAGUGCCAUCAGCGAACUGUCCAAGGAGGAUUAUUCACUAGGCGAAUUCAAAUACACAUGGCAUACUGACUUCUCAUGGGAAGCUAUUGCGCCCUUGCCCGAAAAAGACCUCUCAAAGCCCCUCACAAACUACUUCAUCAGUAGCAGCCACAACACAUAUCUCGUCGGGAAUCAACUUGCUUCUUGGAAUAGAAGCUCUCCUGAGGCGUAUAAGACGGUUCUUCUCCGUGGAUGUCGGUGUAUCGAAAUCGAUGUAUGGAACGGGGAUACCAUUAUUCCCACGACAAGUAAUAGGUCCACCAAAAUCGACCACAAACGUGGAUUAUCGGGCGAAUCGUUUCCUAAUGUUGCGACAACUGUAAUCGAGAAAGUCGAAGAUUAUCUUACUGAGAAAGCUGCCAACCGCUCCCGUAGUGGCAGCUUCGGCAGCCGAAGUUCUUCACCAAGAUCGAGUCUCAAUCGUAUCCCCCUCGAAACCCGCGAGUCUGGCGAUCUUCUUGACGUUGCAAAACCACCCGCGCCUCGCCCAAGGCAGUCUUUCCCCAAGGACGAACCCAUAGUAACACAUGGAUGGACCUUGACUGCUCCAUGUGGUUUUAGAGAGGUGUGCCGAGCAGUCGGUGAAGCUGCUUUUGUUGACAAUGAUCUUCCUAUUAUUGUCAGUUUGGAGGUACACGCAGACGAGGAUCAGCAAGAAGUGAUGGUCAAAAUCAUGAAGCAAGAGUGGGGACAGAUGCUUGUGGACAAGCCGUUGGACGACAUUGGACCGAGAAUACAACUCCCAAAGCUAGGUGAGCUACGGAGGAAGAUUCUUGUCAAGGUCAAGAAAGCACCAGCAAAGUUUGUGGUUCCACCUAGCACCAUGGAUCUGCCUGCCAUCUAUGCAAAUGACGAGGAUGCAUCUGGCUCCGAGGAUGAGCGUUCAUCACAACCCGCGGGUCUUUCUCUUUCCGGCUCUAACAGCACCUUUCCUUCCCACACAAAGGCCUCUAACGCCAAGGUCAACAUAUGUGAGAACCUCGGUAAACUGGCCAUCUACACACGCAGCCAGCACUACAAGUGCCUUGCGACAAAGGAAGCCAAGAUCCCAGCCCACAUCUUCUCUAUAAGCGAGAACCGAAUCCUUGAGCUCAAUCAGAAACAACACCGUGAGAUGUUUGUCCAUAAUAAGGGAUACUUCAUGCGUGCUUUCCCUGCUGGUCGAAGAUUUGACAGUUCGAAUCCAGACCCAAGCCUCUUCUGGCGGGGCGGUGUUCAGAUGGUUGCUAUGAAUUGGCAGUAUCUAGACGAGGGCAUGAUGCUUAAUGAGGGUAUGUUUGCGGAUGAGCAAGGUUGGGUUUUGAAGCCCGAGGGCUACCAGAGCUUAAACACGUCUACAGAGACCCAAAGCGAAGCCACCCCGGGCCGUACCAUGAACUUGAGAAUCACCGUCUUAGCUGGCCAGCACAUUCCAAUACAGGCUGGUGAUGCAGUCGAUGCCUGUCGCUCUGCCAGUACCCUCCGUCCGUUGAUCAAGGCGGAGCUGCAUGUAGACAAACCAACCGACACUGAACGUGACGGGCAUGCGCAGGAGCACAAAUAUAAAGAUAAAACGGACGUCGGCAAGACGGACCAUCCCGACUUUGGUCCUCGUGGCUCGCUUCUACAGUUUCUCAAUAUUCCAAAGGUGGUACAGGAGCUCAGCUUCAUCAGGUAA